UUUUCCCUUUAAAAAAUUGCAUUUCGUUUCAUCAUCCCUUUAUUUUAUUGACGAGUACAUCAAAUUUGAGCAUUAAAAAAAAAAAAAACACUUUCUCUCUCAAUUCAAUAUUUUCUGCUGUUAUAAAAUUCAAUUCAAUUCAACUCAAUUGACUUUCUCUCUCCUCUUUCUUAUUCUCUCUCUUCCAUGCAAAAAUCUUCCGCCAUGGAUGUACAAGUUAAGCAAGAAUACGAAGUUCUCUUCCAACGAAUGCGAGACAGAGCCGUCAAUGCUGCUACUCCUUCGUCGGCGCCUGCUCCCGUCAUUGAUCUUAGCGACGACGAUGACGCCGGCGAUGGGGGCGCCGAGAAGAGAGCUUUGAGUUCCUCUAAUGGCGGUGUUCCGGCCAAGAAGCAGAAGGUUGUUGAUGGUUCUCUUCCGCCGGGGUUUCUAGAUCCUAUUCCGUCGUUGCCGGAGUCUGCUUUGCUACUUCCGCCGGUUCCGGUGAGUUCGCAGGGUAAUAAGCAGUUUUGGAAGGCGGGUGAUUAUGAGGGUGCUCCUUGUGCAAAGUGGGAUAAUAAUACAGGUGGAAUGGAUCAUGUUAGGGUUCACCCCAAGUUUCUGCAUUCUAAUGCCACUAGUCAUAAGUGGGCUCUUGGAGCUUUUGCGGAGCUCUUGGACAAUUCAUUGGAUGAGGUCUGCAAUGGAGCAACAUUUGUCAACAUAGAUAUGCUUAUAAAUAAGAAAGAUGGGAAUAAAAUGUUGCUGAUUGAAGAUAAUGGUGGUGGGAUGGAUCCUGAUAAAAUGCGUCAAUGUAUGUCCUUGGGGUACUCUGCAAAGAGCAAAUUGGCGAAUACAAUUGGGCAAUAUGGCAAUGGCUUCAAGACAAGUACUAUGAGGCUUGGAGCUGAUGUUAUUGUCUUCUCACGCAGCUGUGGAAAAGAUGGUAAAAGCGUCACACAAAGCAUUGGGUUGCUGUCGUAUACAUUUUUGAGAAGCACAGGAAAGGAAGACAUCGUAGUUCCCAUUCUUGACUAUGAAAUGAGGGAGAGGGAAUGGCAGAAGAUGAUGCGGUCCUCUGCCGAUGAUUGGAUAAGAAAUGUUGAUACAAUGAUAAACUGGUCACCAUAUUCAAGCGAAACUGAACUCCUCCAACAGUUUAAUUUAAUGAAAGACCAUGGUACACGUAUAAUCAUAUACAACCUCUGGGAGGAUGAUCAAGGACUACUGGAACUUGACUUCAACUCUGAUCCACAUGAUAUUCAAAUUAGGGGUGUCAACAGAGAUGAGAAGAGCGUAGAAAUGGCAAAGGAAUACCCAAAUUCUAAACAUUUUUUGACUUACAGGCACUCAUUAAGGAGUUAUGCAUCAAUUCUAUAUCUCAGACUUCCACCAAGAUACCGUAUGAUAAUUCGAGGAAAAGAUGUUGAGCACCACAACGUAGUGAAUGACAUGAUGAUGAGCGAGGAGGUUACGUACCGUCCCCAGCCUGGUGCUGAUGGUGCUCCCAGGAAUGCAGAUAUGGUUGCUAUUGUCACUAUUGGAUUUGUGAAAGACGCGACAGCUCAUAUUGAUGUUCAAGGAUUUAAUGUUUAUCAUAAGAAUCGUCUAAUAAAGCCUUUCUGGAGGGUCUGGAGCGCUGCUGGAAGUGAUGGCCGAGGUGUCAUAGGUGUGCUAGAAGCAAACUUUGUUGAGCCAGCUCAUGAUAAGCAGGGGUUUGAGCGCACUACAGUUCUUGCCAGACUGGAAAAUAAACUGGUGCAAAUGCAGAAAAACUAUUGGCGCACUUACUGUCAUAAGAUUGGCUAUGCACCUAGAAUCAACAAGAAACAACUAGAAGCGGGAGACAGAGAAUCUUCUCCUGAUUACACUCCAUCAUCACGUGCUAAAAGCAAAGGGAGAGGCGUGGAUUAUGAUAAGCUUUAUUCCCCUCGUUCAUCUGACAAGCAUGGAGGGAAUACAGUGGGAAAAUACGACAAAUAUGGAAAUGGUCGUAGAUCUGACAAGACUGGAGAGAAAACUGCGACAAAACAUAUAUCAGUGAAUGAGAAAUAUGGAAAUGGGCAAUCAUCUGACAAGAAUGGAGAGAAAACUUCGGGAAAACAUGUAUCAGUGAAUGAGAAAUAUGGGAAUGACCGCACUGCCAGAGUUAGAGAAAGUUCUGAAGAGCCAUCAUCACCGUCUAUGGAAGAUACUUCUGACAAUUAUGAGCUACCUAGGGUUUUAAGGAAGAGAGUUAAUGAAACUAGUCAUUCAACAUUGAAGACUCUUGAAACUAGUCAUUCAACAUUGAAGACUACUGACAAAGACCAGUCAGGAAAAGCUUUUCCUUCUGGAACAACGAGCUGUGCAGUACAACAGGAAAAAAGUGCUAAUGGUGCUAUGGAUCCCACGUCCUCCUCCGAUUUGCAAGGUUUGGUUCAGUCAGAAAAGGAGAAAGAAAGAUUGCAAGCUUUGGAUAUGCUGAAGGAGGAGAAUCGUAUAUUGAAAGAGAAGUUGCAAGUUUUGGAUGAGUUGAAAGAGGAGAAUCGUUUAUUGAAAGAAAGGUUGGAGGGGAACAAUGGGGAGAAGCUAGAUGCUUUGCAACGCAACUUGCAAUUUGAAAGAGGCAAAUGCAAAUCACUUGAAACAAAGCUCCAUGAAGCGGAAUGUAAAAUUGAGGAGCUCAACAAGGAGCAGGAGAGUCUAAUUGACAUUUUCUCAGAGGAGAGAGACAGACGAGACGUUGAAGAGGAAAAUCUGAGAAAAAGACUAAGAGAUGCAUCCAACACAAUUGAAGAGUUGCGCGGGAGAGUGAUGCAACUUGACAACAUGAAUUCUUCUAAUGGAAGGCGUUAGUGUGAGGGAGCUGUAGAUAUGUCCUUGUUGCAACCUCUAUUCAGCAAUAGCAGUGUACAUGGUGGGACGUGGAAGAUAUGUGUAUCAUAAAUCAUCUGGCUUGUAAAUUUUAGUAGUAUAUCAGCGUCAUUCAUUGUUGUUCUUGGUAACAAACUUGUUCAAGUGUGGUAUAUUAGGUGGGCAAGUGCCUGAGUUGGGAGAUUUUGUAGGCUUGUAUUAUACGAGUCCUUUUUUCUUUUUGGAGCUGUGAAAGGAAGCACUGGGCAGCAACAGCUCUCCUCUAGCACAGCUGCUUGCCUUGGGCCUCAGAAAAACUGAUAAUUCACUGAAACCAUGAUCUGUAGCUUUGCUACAGAAUAUUGUUAGCUGUAGUUCUAACACCCAGAAGAUAAUCUCUACAUCAUCUACCAAUUACCGUCUGUGCUUCUCUUCAAACUCUGGGCAAAAUAGACUCCUCAGUUUGGAUUUUCAACUGAACCAAAGAAACCAAGGAUUUGAAUAUGGACUUUUGAAGAGAGCUGAGGCCACGUUCUUAAAUGGCGACUUUGUAUUGCAGCCAUCCUUCAGGAUUGAAUAGCGCACUAAUCCUUUGCUCAUAGAAAGGAGAAUAAUUGUACUGAAUGUAUGGAACUGUAAUUGGACAAAUUCCAAUAAUGUUGUCUUGAUAAAUGACAGAAAUUUGCAGGAA